GGAAAUCAUAAAGUAGUUUCCCUUGUGGAGCCAAUAUCAACGUGAAGAGUUUACUGUUAUUUUUCUUAUUAUUUGAUCUAGUCAAAAUAGAUCUAGAUUGUAGUAUAUAGAGUCUAUCGAGAAGUCAGAAUACAUUUUGAAUAUGACAACAAGAUCAACCGCUAAACUAGAUUCCAAAAAGGUGACAGAAUUUAUUGAACAGUUCAAAACUGAGAGUGAACAGCUUGUCAGAGAAACAUUUCCACAAAAAGUUUUGGAGAUUGAUGCUUUAUUUAAGCAAGUCAAGGGAGAAAACCCCAAAGAUGUUGAACAAGAAGCUACCAUACCUUACCCUGUACCACUGGAGGAAGCAGAAAAUAACUCCACAGAGCAACCCAUUACUAAAAAGAGAAAAGUUGAAGCUGAUGUCAACAAUCACAAUUCCAACAUUUUAGGCACUAGAGUUUUGGUAUUUCCUGGUGGUUCAAUUCCAUUCAACAAAUUUGUACACAAUUAUUGUGAGAAAGCUAAACCUUUAAUGCGAGGCCUGAUGGAGCAUGCCAACAUGGUUAGAAUGUGGAUUAACUUUUUGAUUCCUAAAAUUGAAGAUGGAAACAACUUUGGCGUUUCAAUUCAGGAAGAUGUUGUUGCUGAAGCAAGGCAAGUAGAAAGUGAGGCUGCCAGUUACUUAGACCAGAUAUCUCGUUACUAUCUACAGAGAGCCAGAAUCAUUUCUAAAAUAGCUAAAUAUCCACACAUUGAAGACUACAGGCAGUCAAUUAAAGAAUUUGAUGAAAGACAGAUGUUGAAUCUUCAGAAUGCCAUUUUAGAAAUGCGCAAUCAUUAUGCUUCUCUUCAUGAUAUCAUUAUGAAAAACAUUGACAAAAUCAAAGUUCCGAGGUCAGCCAAUGCACAAAACAUGUAUUAAGUGGUUGUAGCCUGUCUUGUACAUGUUGGACAUUAAACUUUUGUACAUGUUUGUGUAGUAUUUCUUUUGACUUAAUACAAGUUUUAUGGACUAAUAGUCAUUCAUGUUGUUCACUUUAAAUAGAAAAUCUUUGUCUACACAGAAAUAUCAUCUAGAGAUCGUCACAUGUGCUGAUAGUGGCAUAGGAAGAAAUAUUUGUUUGAAAUAGCUUAAUUUGUGAUGAAUUCUGCUAUUGAAAUUGAAGCUUGAUCUAGUGCUAAUGAAAAUAAUUUUAUGAAAGAAGCAACUUUGCAGAAAUAGAAAAAUAUGAAUAAAGCUUUAUCUCGCUGCCUGUUUCUUAGUACCAACUAUUAAUGGGAUAAAUGCUUUUCUUUUUUAAAUGUUGACCAAAAAUGUCCUGAGAAAGGUUUUCAAUGACUGGAACCUUUGAAAGCAAAUUAGCAUACAGAAACAUUGCAUUUAAUGUGUUCAAUUUGUUUUUAAAAUGUUGGUUUGGAUGCUUGUUCUGGUGCAGGAUUGUUUCUUUGUACUUUGUCACCAUGUUGUUUUUUAAUGAAACAAAACUAAAUAAAAAUGUGCUUACAAAA